AUGGAAGAGACCAAGUUUUCGCUUCAAGAAUAUCUACAAAACCACCAUUUUGAGCUCACACCAGAUGGAAGCUUUGUACGAUGGCUAAGAGAGAAUCCGAAACAUCCAAGGAACUGGUCUGUCCUUCGAAAGACAUAUGAUACUGGGCUUAUAUGCGCUUUGGAUCUUUUUAUAACUGCUAGCAGCACGGCGGGAGCAGCGGCAGCAGCGCAAGCUAAACAUGAAUAUCAUUUGAGUCAUACUUUUGCAACCUUCUGUUUUGUGACACUAUUCCUUCUAGGCCAGUCUAUUGGCACCAUCGUGUUUCCACCUUGGUCCGAAUCAUUCGGUCGCAAAAAGAUGUACCUUCUAAGCAGUGUCCUAAGUUGUAUAUGUUGUCUCGUCAUCGGAUUAUCACAGUCGCUUACUGGGGCUGUCAUCAUGCGAUCGCUAGCUGGAUUGCUAUCAGCAGUUCCUAGUACUAUUGUGGGCGGGAGUAUUGAAGAUAUGUUUAACUCGCAGGCUCGCAUUUGGGUUGUUUUCUAUUGGACCGUGGCUUCGAAUAUUGGAUUGAUUGUUGGUCCAAUCAUGAGCAAUCACAUUAUUGAACUUCUCAACUGGAGGUGGGUAUUUUUUACAUAUGCAAUCAUCAUCGGUGGCAUAUCUGGCCUCCUUUGCCUUAUUCGAGAAUCCCGGUCAACCUACAUUUUGACUUGCGAAGUCGAUCGAUUGCGACACGAAGUCCCAGAAGUACCUCCGGCAUUGAACCAUGACCACUCGCCGAACUUGCAAACUUUUGUGAAGGAGGCUCUCUUCCGUCCUGCGCAGCUGUUCUUCCAAGAGCCCAUUAUAUUUACGAUUGCAAUGAUGAUAUCCGUCGCGAUGUCUCUUAUCUAUAUCUUCACCGAAGCCUUACAGCCAAUAUACCAAUCCAUGGGAUUCUCUGCAUCGCAGGCGUCUCUCAUUUUCAUGGCCAUCGGGCUCGGGACAUGUGUCAGCACUUUUACUCGCAUUCUGGAUUGCUAUAUCUUUAACAAGCGCAGGAUGCGUGGUAAGCCCAUCAGACCGGAAGACAAGCUUGUGGGCUUGGCACUCGGGGCUCCAUUCCUAGCUAUCGGGCUAUGGUGGUUUGGCUGGACGAUUCCCCCGAAGACCCCAGGACCGGAUACGCCGUGGAUUGUACCGACGAUCUCUCUCGUUCUGGUUGGGUAUGCGCUUACAGAAAUGGACACUGUGCUAUAUGGGUAUAUCUCAGAUAGCUAUUUGAGUUACUCCGCCAGUGCUACCGCAGCGGUGGCGUUCCUACGAGGCAUACUGUCGGGGUCAUUCCCGCUCUUUACGAACCAAAUGUUCGACAGACUGGGAGCUAAUAUCGCUGUCUCGGUUCUGGCAAUCGUGGCAACCGUGUUUUGCAUCGUGCCUCCGUUGUUUUUGUGUUACGGGGAGAGGAUUCGGAGAAGAAGUCGGUUUGCAAGGUACAGCUGGGAGAUUCAAGAGGAAAUGGGAAAGGAUGAAUACGAUAUCUGA